AUGGAAAACACGGGAACUAUACCCGAUACGCAAACGGGUACCCAAACCCAAUCACAAUAUACGCAGGAGAGCCAACCGAUAGAGAUGCUGCCCAGCUAUGGCCGGCUGCUGGGAAAGCGAGUGGCAAUGCGAAGUCUCGGUACUAAAAUUCCCAUCUUCUACGUCUCUCCUGAUCCGUCUACCAUUUACGAACUCUGCCAUAGUGAGUUUAAAGUUGGCCGAGAUAUAGCAUGCGAUCUCAUACUGGACGAGUCGAAUGUACACGGAUUACAACUGUACCGCGUGUCUAAACUUCAUUUCACAAUCAAGAAGGACCUAGAGGACCUCACGAGCCCAACUUACCUAUAUGAUCACUCCAGAAAUGGAACGUACGUCAACAAGCGCCUAAUAGGCACCAACAAAUGCGCUAUUUUGAAAAACGGCGAUACUAUCGCUCUAGUUGGCGAAACUUUUCGGGCCUUCGUGUACUACGACCUGCGUUACAGGGUUUCGAUGGAAAUAAAGGAGCAAGAGUUGCUCGAUCGGUACCAUAUUGGCCGCAAACUCGGUUCUGGAGCCUGUGGAACGGUGUAUCUGUUGCACGAUUACAUCAACUGUCACCCAUACGCCAUGAAGCAUGUCGCAAAGGACCCACUCAACGAGCGAAGCCGGCCACAGUUCCUGAACGAUCCGCAGCGUGUGAUGAACGAGGUUAACAUUAUGAAAAGUCUCAACCAUCCGUGCGUUAUUAAAAUGCAUGAUAUUGUCGAUAAACCGGAUUCUAUUUACAUGGUGCUGGAGUACAUGAAGGGUGGUGAUUUACUGACGCGUAUUAUCUCUAACAAGUACCUUCCGGAAAAGACGGCCAAGCUAUACUUCCUCCAAAUGUGCCAUGCUGUAAAGUACCUGCACGAGAAAGGAAUCACUCACCGUGACUUAAAACCGGACAACAUUUUGUUAGAGGACGACAACGAGCUCACACUCCUCAAGGUGUCCGACUUCGGGCUGAGUAAGUUCGUCCGCAAAAACUCGGUCAUGCGUACCAUCUGCGGAACACCGCAAUACGUGGCCCCAGAAGUACUGCAAACGGGUGGCCGAGGCGCGUACACACAGAAGGUGGACAUUUGGAGCCUGGGAGUCGUGCUGUUCACGAUGCUUAGCGGCACGCUGCCCUUUUCGGACGAUUACGGUUCGCCGGCAGUUGAGCAGAUCAAACGUGGAAGCUUUAAUUGGCGCCAUCCCGUGUGGAGGCAGGUGACACCGGCAGCCAAGAAAAUGCUUUCUGUAAUCCUCCGAUUGAGCCCCAGCGCACGCCCCACAAUCGAUGAGUUGCUUCAAAGCAGCUGGCUGUGUGAUCCGCAAGUUGUGCGCCAAGCGGAACGACUGAUGAAGAUUCCGUUGCGACAGGUGAGACCAACACCCCAGCGCACGACGGUAUCGGAUGUGGAGAACAAUAAUGCCAGCUCGCCGAGUACCAUUGCUCCACCAACGAAACGUCAACGACGAUAG